AUGUCUAAUGGAUAUCGCACUCUGUCCCAGCACCUCAAUGACCUGAAGAAGGAGAACUUCAGCCUCAAGCUGCGCAUCUACUUCCUGGAGGAGCGCAUGCAACAGAAGUAUGAGGCCAGCCGGGAGGACAUCUACAAGCGGAACAUUGAGCUGAAGGUUGAAGUGGAGAGCUUGAAACGAGAACUCCAGGACAAGAAACAGCAUCUGGAUAAAACAUGGGCUGAUGUGGAGAAUCUCAACAGUCAGAAUGAAGCUGAGCUCCGACGCCAGUUUGAGGAGCGACAGCAGGAGACGGAGCAUGUGUAUGAGCUCUUGGAGAAUAAGAUCCAGCUUCUGCAGGAGGAAUCCAGGCUAGCAAAGAAUGAAGCUGCACGGAUGGCAGCUCUGGUGGAAGCAGAGAAGGAGUGUAACCUGGAGCUCUCAGAGAAACUGAAGGGAGUCACCAAAAACUGGGAAGAUGUACCAGGAGACCAGGUCAAGCCCGACCAAUACGCUGAGGCCCUGGCCCAGAGGGACAAGAGAAUCGAAGAACUGAAUCAGAGCCUGGCUGCCCAGGAGAGGCUUGUAGAACAGCUAUAUCAGGAGAAACAACAAUUGCUACAUCUGUUGGAGGAGCCAACUAGCAUGGAAGUGCAGCCCAUGACUGAAGAGUUACUCAAACAACAAAAGCUGAAUUCACAUGAGACCACUAUAACUCAGCAGUCUGUAUCUGAUUCCCACUUGGCAGAACUCCAGGAAAAAAUCCAGCAAACAGAGGCCACCAACAAGAUUCUUCAAGAGAAACUUAAUGAAAUGAGCUAUGAACUAAAGUGUGCUCAGGAGUCGUCUCAAAAGCAAGAUGGUACAAUUCAGAACCUCAAGGAAACUCUGAAAAGCAGGGAAAGUGAGACUGAGGAGUUGUACCAGGUGAUUGAAGGUCAAAAUGACACAAUGGCAAAGCUUCGAGAAAUGCUGCACCAAAGCCAGCUGGGACAGCUUCACAGCUCAGAAGGUACUUCCCCAGCUCAGCAACAGGUGGCUCUGCUUGAUCUUCAGAGUGCUUUAUUCUGCAGCCAGCUGGAAAUACAGAAGCUCCAGAGGGUGGUACGACAGAAAGAGCGCCAACUGGCUGAUGCCAAACAAUGUGUGCAAUUUGUAGAGGCUGCAGCACACGAGAGUGAACAGCAGAAAGAGGCUUCUUGGAAACAUAACCAGGAAUUGCGGAAAGCCUUGCAGCAGCUACAAGAAGAAUUGCAGAAUAAGAGCCAACAGCUUCGCGCCUGGGAGGCUGAAAAAUACAAUGAGAUUCGAACCCAGGAACAAAACAUCCAGCACCUAAACCAUAGUCUGAGUCACAAGGAGCAAUUGCUUCAGGAAUUUCGGGAGCUCCUACAAUAUCGAGAUAACUCAGACAAAACCCUUGAAGCAAGUGAAAUGUUGCUUGAGAAACUUCGCCAGCGCAUACAUGAUAAAGCUGUUGCUCUGGAGCGGGCUAUAGAUGAAAAAUUCUCUGCUCUAGAAGAGAAAGAAAAAGAACUGCACCAGCUUCGUCUUGCUGUGAGAGAGCGAGAUCAUGACUUAGAGAGACUGCGAGGUGUCCUCUCCUCCAAUGAAACUACUAUGCAAAGUAUGGAGAGUCUCCUGAGGGCCAAAGGCCUGGAAGUGGAACAGUUAUCUACUACCUGUCAAAACCUCCGGUGGCUGAAAGAAGAAAUUGAAACCAAAUUUAGCCAUUGGCAGAAGGAACAAGAGAGUAUCAUUCAGCAGUUACAGACAUCUCUGCAUGAUAGGAACAAAGAAGUGGAGGAUCUUAGUGCAACAUUGCUGUGCAAACUUGGACCAGGGCAGAGUGAGAUAGCAGAGGAGCUGUGCCAGCGUCUACAGCGAAAGGAAAGGAUGCUGCAGGAUCUUCUAAGUGAUCGAAACAAACUAGUGGUGGAACAUGAAAUGGAGAUUCAAGGCCUGCUUCAGUCUAUGAGCACCAGGGAGCAGGAAAGCCAAGCUGCUGCAGAGAAGAUGGUGCAAGCCUUAAUGGAAAGAAAUUCAGAGUUACAGGCCCUGCGCCAAUAUUUAGGAGGGAGAGACUCCCUGAUGUCCCAAGUACCCAUCUCUAACCAACAAGCUGAAGUUACCCCCACUGGCCCCCCUCUUGGAGAACAGACUGAUCAGGGUUCAAUGCAGAUACCUUCCAGAGAUGGUAGCACUUCAUUGACUGCCAAAGAGGAUGCCAGCAUACCCAGAUCCACAUUAGGAGACUUGGACACAGUUGCAGGGCUAGAAAAAGAACUGAGUAAUGCCAAAGAGGAACUUGAACUCAUGGCUAAAAAAGAAAGAGAAAGUCAGAUGGAACUUUCUGCUCUACAGUCCAUGAUGGCUGUGCAAGAAGAAGAGCUGCAGGUGCAGGCUGCUGAUAUGGAGUCUCUGACCAGGAACAUACAGAUUAAAGAAGAUCUCAUAAAGGACCUGCAAAUGCAACUGGUUGAUCCUGAAGACAUACCAGCUAUGGAACGCCUGACCCAAGAAGUCUUACUUCUUCGGGAAAAAGUUGCUUCAGUAGAAUCCCAGGGUCAAGAAAUUUCAGGAAACCGAAGACAACAGUUGCUGCUGAUGCUAGAAGGACUAGUAGAUGAACGGAGUCGGCUCAAUGAGGCCUUACAAGCAGAGAGACAGCUGUAUAGCAGUCUGGUGAAGUUCCAUGCCCAUCCAGAGAGCUCUGAGAGAGACCGAACUCUGCAGGUGGAACUGGAAGGGGCUCAGGUGUUACGCAGUCGGCUAGAAGAAGUUCUUGGAAGAAGCUUGGAGCGCUUAAACAGGCUGGAGACCCUGGCCGCCAUUGGAGGUGCAGCUGCAGGGGAUGACACGGAAGAUGCAAGCACUGAGUUCACUGACAGUAUUGAGGAGGAAGCCACACACCAUAGUCACCAGCAACUUGUCAAGGUGGCUUUGGAGAAAAGUCUGGCAACUGUGGAGACCCAGAACCCAUCUUUUUCCCCUCCUUCCCCAGUGGGAGGGGACAGUAACAAGUGUCUUCAGGAAGAAAUACUCCACCUGAGGGCUGAGAUCCACCAGCACUUAGAAGAGAAGAGGAAAGCUGAGGAGGAACUGAAGGAGCUAAAGGCUCAAAUUGAGGAAGCAGGAUUCUCCUCAGUGUCCCACAUCAGGAACACCAUGCUGAGCCUUUGCCUUGAGAAUGCAGAGCUGAAAGAGCAGAUGGGAGAAGCAAUGUCUGAUGGAUGGGAGAUCGAGGAAGACAAGGAGAAGGGCGAGGUGAUGGUUGAGACUGUGGUAGCCAAAGAGGGUCUGAGUGAGAGUAGCCUUCAGGCUGAGUUCAGAAAGCUCCAGGGAAAACUGAAGAAUGCCCACAAUAUCAUCAACCUCCUCAAAGAACAACUUGUGCUGAGUAGCAAAGAAGGGAAUAGUAAACUUACUCCAGAUCUCCUUGUGCAUCUGACCAGCACCAUCGACAGAAUAAACACAGAACUGAUUGGUUCUCCUGGGAAGCACCACCACCAAGAGGAGGGGAAUGUGAAUAUGAGGCCUUGCCCCAGACCCCAGAGACUUGACCUUGGGGCUACCUUCACAGUGGAUGCCCACCAAUUGGAUAACCAGUCCCAGCCUCAUGACCCUGGGCCUCAGUCAGCAUUUAGCCUACCAGGGUCCACUCAGCACUUACGCUCCCAGCUGUCACAAUGCAAACAACGCUAUCAAGAUCUCCAGGAGAAGCUGCUGCUAUCAGAAGCCACUGUCUUUGCUCAGGCUAAUGAGCUGGAGAAAUACAGAGUUAUACUUACAGGUGAAUCCUUGGUGAAGCAGGACAGCAAGCAGGUCCAGGUGGACCUCCAGGACCUGGGCUAUGAGACUUGUGGCCGAAGCGAGAAUGAGGCUGAACGGGAGGAAACCACCAGUCCCGAGUGUGAGGAGCACAACAGCCUCAAGGAGAUGGUCCUGAUGGAGGGGCUGUGCUCUGAGCAGGGGCGCCGGGGCUCAACGCUGGCUGGUUCCUCCAAGAGGAAGCCCUUGGAGAACCAGCUAGGGAAGCAGGAAGACUUCCGGGUAUAUGGAAAGUCAGAAAACAUCUUGGUCCUACGGAAGGACAUCAAAGAUCUGAAGGCCCAGCUGCAGAAUGCCAACAAGAUCAUUCAAAACCUCAAGAGCCGGGUCCGGUCCCUCUCGGUUACAAGUGAUUAUUCGUCUAGUCUGGAAAGACCCCGGAAGCUGAGAGCUGUUGGCACCCUGGAGGGGUCUUCACCUCAUAGUGUCCCUGAUGAGGAUGAGGGGUGGCUGUCUGAUGGCACUGGGGCUUUCUACUCACCAGGGCUUCAGGCCAAAAAGGACCUGGAAAGCCUCAUCCAGAGAGUAUCCCAGCUGGAGGCCCAGCUCCCAAAAAAUGGACUAGAAGGGAAGCUGGCUGAGGAGCUGAGAUCAGCCUCAUGGCCUGGGAAAUAUGAUUCCCUGAUUCAGGAUCAGGCCCGGGAACUAUCUUACCUACGGCAAAAAAUACGAGAAGGGAGAGGUAUUUGUUAUCUUCUCACCCAGCAUGCAAAAGAUACAGUAAAAUCUUUUGAGGACCUCCUAAGAAGCAAUGACAUUGACUACUACCUGGGACAGAGCUUCCGGGAGCAACUCGCCCAGGGAAGCCAGCUGACAGAGAGGCUCACCAGCAAACUCAGCACCAAGGAUCAUAAAAGUGAGAAAGAUCAAGCUGGACUUGAGCCACUGGCCCUCAGGCUCAGCAGGGAGCUGCAGGAGAAGGAGAAGGUCAUUGAAGUCCUGCAGGCCAAGCUGGAUGCUCGGUCCCUCACACCCUCCAGCAGCCAUGCCUUGUCUGACUCCCACCGCUCUCCCAGCAGCACCUCUUUCCUGUCUGAUGAGCUGGAAGCCUGCUCUGACAUGGACAUAGCCAGCGAGUACACACACUAUGAAGAGAAGAAAGCUUCUCCCGGUCACUCAGAUUCCAUCCAUCAUUCGAGUCAUUCUGCUGUGUUAUCUUCUAAACCAUCAUCAACCAGUGCAUCUCAGGGGGUUAAGGCCGAAUCCAGCAGCAACCCCAUCAUCUUGCCAACUCCCCAGAAUCCCCCCAAGGAGGCCAACCAGGCCCAUUCAGGUGCCAGCACCGUUCCUCCUGCUUCCACAGCUACAUUGCCGAGCAACGACUUGGAAGCCGGCUCUUCCCACUACCUCAACUCUGCCCAGCCUCACUCUCCUCCAAGAGGCACCAUAGAACUGGGAAGAAUCCUGGAGCCUGGGUACCUGGGCAGCAGUGGCCAGUGGGACAUGAUGAGGCCUCAGAAAGGGAGUGUAUCUGGAGACCUAUCCUCAGGCUCCUCUGUGUACCAGCUUAACUCCAAACCCACAGGGGCUGACCUGCUGGAAGAGCAUCUUGGUGAAAUCCGGAACCUGCGCCAGCGCCUGGAGGAGUCCAUCUGCAUCAAUGACCGCCUACGGGAGCAACUGGAACACCGGCUGAGCUCUGCUGCUCGUGGAAGUGGAUCCACCUCAAACUUCUGCAGUCAGGGCCUGGAGUCCAUACCUCAGCUCUGCAAUGAGAACAGAGUCCUCAGGGAAGAAAAUCGAAGACUUCAGGCUCAACUGAGUCAUGUUUCCAGAGAGCACUCCCAAGAAACGGAAAGCCUGAGGGAGGCUCUGCUGUCCUCUCGAUCCCACCUUCAAGAGCUGGAAAAGGAGCUGGAGCACCAGAAGGUGGAAAGGCAGCAGCUUUUGGAAGACCUGAGGGAGAAGCAGCAAGAGGUCUUGCAUUUCAGGGAGGAACGUCUUUCCCUCCAGGAAAACGACUCCAGACUGCAGCACAAGCUGGUCCUUCUGCAGCAACAGUGUGAAGAGAAACAGCAGCUCUUUGAGUCCCUCCAGUCAGAGCUACAAAUCUACGAAGCACUUUAUGGCAAUUCCAAGAAGGGACUGAAAGCUUACAGCCUGGAUGCCUGUCACCAAAUCCCUUUGAGCAGUGACCUGAGCCACUUGGUGGCAGAGGUACGAGCUCUGAGAGGGCAGCUGGAGCAGAGCAUUCAGGGGAACAAUUGUCUGCGACUACAGCUGCAACAGCAGCUGGAUAGCAGUGCUGACAAAGCCAGCCUCAGCCCCUCCUCCAUUAACCAGAACUUCCCAGCCAGCGCUGACCCUGGAAACAAGCAGCUGCUCCUCCAAGAUUCAGCUGUGUCCCCUCCAGUCCGGGAUGUUGCGAUGAAUUCCCCAGCUCUGGUCCUCCCCAGCUCUGCUUCCUUGACUCCUGGCUCAGAAACGGCCAUAAUCCACAGAACAAAUGGCUUGGGUUUGGAUACUUCUCCAGUAAUGAAGACCCCUCCCAAGCUGGAGGGUGAUGCUACUGAUGGCUCCUUUGCCAAUAAGCAUGGCCGCCAUGUCAUUGGCCACAUUGAUGACUACAGUGCCCUACGACAGCAGAUUGCGGAGGGCAAGCUGCUGGUCAAAAAGAUAGUGUCUCUUGUGAGGUCAGCGUGCAGCUUCCCUGGCCUUGAAGCCCAAGGCACAGAGGUGCUAGGCAGCAAAAGCAUUCAUGAGCUUCGGAGCAGCACCAGUGCCCUGCACCAUGCCCUGGAGGAGUCGGCUUCCCUCCUCACCGUGUUCUGGAGAGCGGCCCUGCCAAGCACCCGCAUCCCUGUGCUGCCUGGCAAAGUGGGAGAAUCAACAGAAAGGGAACUUCUGGAACUGAGAACCAAAGUAUCCAAACAGGAGCGGCUCCUUCAGAGCACAGCUGAGCGUCUGAAGACCGCGAACCAGCAGAAGGAGAGCAUGGAGCAGUUCAUCGUCAGCCAGCGUGAAAUCCCUAAGGGCUCUGCCGUGUACUCCAGUCUUGUGACCCUUGCCUUCCAGGCACCAUGCAAGAAGCGCAGACACCAGAAGUCCUUAAAACAGCAGGAAAGGUGGGCCUGUCCCCCUUUUGCGCAGCUACCUAUCUGCUGAGGAGCAUCUGGGCCUCGUUCCUCCAAAUCCACUGGAGGGUCCAGAAGAGGCAGUCAGAGAUAUAUCCUGGUGGAGCUGGGAGAAAGCCAGAAAGCCUUUCUGAGAGCUAUGGAAUACCGUUAGCCAAGGUCCACUUGGCCCAGCACUAGGCAGAAGAUGCGUAGUUUGCAUAGAAGGUUUCGUGGUACUGCUUCUCAACAGCCCCAGCCACUUGGGAACUAGCAACAGCACAUUUCUUGCCUCAUCGGCUGUCCUAAGACGGAAAGCUCAGUGGAUAUAGGACCCUGAGUCCGAUGAAUGGGGCACGUGGUCCCAAUGCUGGAGCUCCUCUGGCAGGUUCUAAAAGCACACUACUGAGCAGCGGUGCCCUGCCGGACACUGCUGGCAGCGCUCAGUGAGCACUACUCACAGAUCCACACCUGACCCUGCUGGGUCGAGUCAGGCUGGGCUUUGGUCUGCACUGCAGCACCUGCGUUCUUUGAGUUCACAUCAUGAAUGUGGUGACUUCCCAGAUACCAUCUCAGGCUUAACCUAGCACAUCCGAUUUCUUUUCUUCUAUGAUAUCCAUAUUGGACUGACCUCACUUCAAAUAUGCUGUCCCAUUUUGUCAUCCUAUCUUACCUCGGGGAAAUUGGGGACUGAUGGCCAGACCAAUUCUGUUUAAAUUCUUGCAUAGAGCAAACCUGUGCUCAUUUUUAAGUGGCAUGGGAGAGGCCCCCAGCCAUAGUAAAGCCUAGUCUGUGUCUUCACAGUGCUGGUAGAAUGUGUUGUGUGUAUAAAUGUAUGAUAUAGAUUUAUAUAUGUUGCUAUCGCCAUAUAUUGAAGGCCAGCAUAACCGGUGGACAGGGUGGGUGACAGAAAAUGAAAGUCUUUUUGGUGAUUAUUAAAGCAAAAUGUGUAUAAAGAAAUAAAUAGUUUUUCUUUC